GCGUUAUCCUAUUUUAGUAUACCUGUGUAUUAUCAUUAGUUUUAUUCAAUUGAAUUUAACAAGAUAUAUAGAUCCAACGAGGAGUAUGUAAUGGGAUAUAUUUAGAUAUAUUCACCCGGACCUUGUUAUUUGGCGCAAUAAUCACUAACAAGAAGCGCUCUUUGGAAAACGACGCAGCUCAGCAGAGACGUUUUUUAGACUAGCACCGGGAGUAACUAGAAAAUGGGAGGAAAGCAGGAUAUGAUUUCCUUCCUCGUCUUCAGUUGCUUCUUCAUCUCUGUAAACGAAGCUGCUACAAUCUCACGAACGAAGCGAUCUUUUACGAAACAGGACAAUCCAUUAGGAAAUAUCAUAGAUACACUACACGAAAUGCGAAACAGCGAAAACAUGCUGAUUCACAAAAUGUUAUCAGGUCCCAUAGAAGGAAGAAAAGCUUUAUUGGCAGAUUACGAAACUAAUGGAAAUAACCAAAAAAGACAUUCCUUAAAUAUUGAUAAUAUGCUAGAUGACGAAGAGAUGAAUAAACGAGGAAUGCGACAAACUAAAAGAGUCCCAUUGUGUGUCUGGAAGGUCUGCCCACCUGUGGUUUGGAAGAAAAGUGAAUCUGCGCCUGCGCCCGAGGGACCGAUGCCACUUAUGGAUAAUUGGGUUGACAAGAAAAAAUAGAUUUGCGAAUUGCAAACAGAAACAUUUUAUGUGAUUUAUAUCAUCGGUUGUUUACAAGAAAAUAAAAGUUUAGAUAUUUAGACCUGCUAGUGAGGUAGACAAUCCAUUCAUUUGUCUUUGUUGUAAAUAUACAUUUUAUCUCUAUUAUUUUAUUGAGGUGAAUAUCUUUC